AUGGAGAAACCGUGGAAGUGUGGCGACUGCGGGAAGGGCUUCGACUACCCCUACCAGCUGGAGGCUCACCGGCGCGGUCACACCGGGGAGCGGCCGUUCACCUGCUCCGCCUGUGGCAAGGGCUUCACCCAGUCCUCCCACCUACUGACCCACCGGCGGGUCCACACCGGAGAGCGGCCCUUCGGCUGCCCCGAGUGCGGCAAGGCCUUCACCCACUCGUCCCCGCUACGCACCCACCGCCUCAUCCACACGGGCGAGCGGCCUUUCAAGUGCGCCGAGUGCGGGGACAGUUUCAAGAGCUCGGCGGAGCUGCUGAGGCACCGGCGGGUGCACACGGGCGAGAGGCCCUUCGCCUGCCCCGAGUGCGGCAAGGCCUUCACCCAGUCGUCAGACCUGCUGACCCACCGGCGGGUGCACACCGGCGAGCGGCCCUUCUCCUGCCCCGAGUGCGGCAAGGCCUUCACCCUGGCGGGGAACCUG